UCUCUCUACUUUCAUCAUCGUCGCCGAUUUGCCACUGACCUAUACGGGCAGAAGCUAAUCCGCAUCUGUUCAUCUCCGAAGAAGAAGAUGAGUAACACACCAGCAGCAGCGCCGACUUCAUCGUCUAAAUCGAAAGCUGCCGGAAGUUCUCAGGCGCCGGAAAAGCGCAAACCCCUCUUCCAAAAAGAAUUGCAGCAUAUGAUGUAUGGAUUUGGCGAUGAGCAGAACCCUCUCCCAGAGACUGUCGCCCUUGUUGAAGAUAUUGUCGUUGAAUACGUCACUGAUUUGACACAUAAGGCUCAGGAGAUUGGCACGAAGCGAGGAAGGCUACUGGUUGAUGACUUCUUGUAUCUAAUCCGCAAGGAUUUGCCAAAACUUAAUCGGUGUAGGGAACUAUUGGCAAUGCAGGAAGAGCUGAAACAAGCACGUAAAGCUUUUGAUGUUGACGAAGAGAAGAUCACUUCCCUCGAUUGAUUGAUUGAUUCAUCCUUCUUUCUUAUCCAGUUAGCUUUUCUUUUUGGGGUAAAAUCUUCUGAGUGGUGUUGCUUUUGAACUCAAGACUGUAAAAAAAAUACACAAAUUUUAUAUGUCACCAAGUGAAAUUGAAAUUUACCCGACUAGUGAAUGUUGUCCGGAUGACGAAACUA